CGAACGCUUCCGGGUCUCGCGGCAAGAUGUUUCGAGUCAUGUGAUGGCAAGAUGGCGGCUCCGCGGUAGCUGGCCCCGGGUUGUGGCGUCCGGGGAGUCGCGACGGUUUCUGCUCUCUGGCCGUGAGGGCUGCCACGCCUGGAUGGUCCGUGCGGCGGCCCGUAUCCCCGCAUUGGGUACCUGUUCAGGGCUGAGGCUUUUGCCGUGGCGGUGGGUCCUGGGGAGUGCCGGUGACCUCUCUGCGGGUGCCCUGCGCCGGCUGUGGUCGCCCGAGGAGUAGAAGGGCAGCCGGCCUCCCGGGUCUUCCCUACUCGCGGAGUUCCUCAGGCCUCCGAGAGCUCUGGAGGAGCCACAUCUCUGAGGGGCUGCGGGAGCUCGAGCCCGCGGGUGUGUGACCGGCUGCCUCGUACCCCUGAGGGCGCAAAGAAGCCCGCAAGGACUGCUUCCUCCUCCAGAGGCCUGGCUCCCUCGCGUUGGCUACCCCCGCAUUCUUUCCCACUUCCUCUCAUGUUCUCACCAUAUACCUGGAAAUAUGAUCAGCGCCCCUGACGUGGUGGCCUUCACCAAAGAGGACGAGUACGAGGAGGAGCCUUACAAUGAGCCGGCCCUGCCCGAGGAGUACUCGGUGCCGCUCUUCCCCUUCGCCGGCCAAGGAGCCAGUCCAUGGUCCAAACUGUCCGGGGCCAAGUUCUCUCGGGACUUCAUCCUUAUUUCCGAGUUCUCUGAGCAGGUGGGACCCCAGCCCUUACUGACCAUCCCCAAUGACACCAAAGUUUUCGGUACUUUUGAUCUCAAUUACUUCUCUUUGCGGAUCAUGUCUGUGGAUUACCAGGCCUCCUUCGUGGGCCAUCCCCCUGGUUCUGCCUACCCCAAGCUGAACUUCGUGGAGGAUUCCAAGGUCGUGCUGGGAGACUCCAAGGAGGGGGCCUUUGCCUACGUGCACCACCUCACCCUGUAUGACCUGGAGGCCCGUGGCUUCGUGAGGCCCUUUUGUAUGGCUUAUAUCUCAGCAGACCAGCACAAAAUCAUGCAGCAGUUCCAGGAGCUCUCAGCUGAAUUUUCCAAAGCUUCAGAGUGCCUGAAAACAGGCAACAGGAAGGCGUUUGCUGGGGAACUUGGAAAAAAACUGAAAGACUUGGAUUACACCAGGACAGUGCUGCACACCGAGACGGAGAUCCAGAAGAAAGCCAAUGACAAAGGCUUUUACUCAUCUCAGGCCAUCGAGAAGGCCAAUGAGCUGGCCAGUGUGGAGAAGUCCAUCAUCGAACAUCAAGACCUGCUGAGGCAGAUCCGCUCGUACCCUCAUCGGAAGUUGAGGGGGUCUGAUUUGUGCCCUGGGGAGACAGAGCACACCCAGGAUCUGCCCAGCCAGGCAGCCACCACCUCUGACCCCGAAGAGUCUGCUGACACAGACCGUUACACCUGCAGACCCGCCUACACCCCAAAACUCAUCAAAGCGAAGUCCACCAAGUGUUUUGACAAGAAGCUGAAGACCUUGGAAGAGCUCUGUGACACCGAGUACUUCACCCAGACCCUGGCCCAGCUCAGCCACAUUGAGCACAUUUUCAGAGGAGAUCUGUGCUACCUCCUGACCAGCCAGAUCGACAGAGCACUCCUGAAGCAACAGCAUAUCACAAACUUCCUCUUUGAAGACUUGGUAGAGGUCGAUGACAGGGGGGAAGAGAAACAGGAGAGUGCACCCCCGAAGCCCAGUCACGACAGGCCGCCUUCCAGGUCUGUAGAAGAAUGUCCAGUUCCUCAAGUGUUAAUUAGCGUGGGGUCCUGCAAGUCCAGUGUGGAGUCCGUGCUAAUCAAGAUGGAGCAGGAACUUGGGGAGGAGGGGUCCAGGGAAGUGGAGGUGACAGAGUCAAGCAGUUUUGACCCCCAGGAAAACUUGGACUACCUGGAUACGGACCUGAAAGGGAGCGUCAGCAGUGGAGAGAGCAUUGAGGUUCUCGGCACGGAGAGGUCCACCUCUGUGCUGUCUAAGUCUGACAGCCAGGCCAGCCUCACGGUGCCCUUGAGCCCCCAGGUGGUCCGGAGCAAGGCUGUCAGCCACAGGACCAUCAGCGGGGACAGUAUUGAAGUCCUCGGCACCUGCCCCUCCGAGGCCCUCAUCCCCGACAACUUCAAGGCCAGUUACCCAAGUGCCAUUAAUGAAGAGGAGUCCUACACAGGUGACGGCAGGGGAGCCAUCCACUGCCAGGCAGGCCUCAGCCCGCCGGAGCUGGGGGAGGCCGAGGAGGGCGGCUCGGGAGUCACCCCGUCCCAGACAGACUCGUGCUGCAUUGGGAGGGAGGGUGGCACUCUGCGGGUGCCGCUCUCCACCCCGGGCCACACGCUGUCCGACGAGGACGGGGUCGUGAGUGUCCCCCCGCAGCGCUACCGGCAGAAGGACCCGGAGUUCCACGUGGACUUCUCAGUGGAAAACGCCAACGCCUCUUCCCGAGACAGCGGUUCCGAAGGCUUCCCUGCUUACGAGCUGGACCCGAGCCACCUGCUGGCCAGCCGGGAUGGCAGUAAGACCAGCCUGGAUGACCACUCCGACGCCACCAGCUACGGGAGCAGCGUCACCUCCGCCAGCUCCGACCGGACUUCCUCCUCGGCUCCUGCCACCGGGCCCUCUUCCGAGAGGCAUAAGAAGAGGGCGGGCCAGAGCGCCUUAAAAUUCAUCCGCCAGUACCCUUUCGCCCACCCAGCCAUCUACUCGCUGCUCAGCGGGAGGACGCUCGUGAUCCUAGGGGAGGAGGAGGCCGCGGUCAGGAAGCUCGUGACCGCGCUGUCCGUCUUCGUCCCCAGCUACAGCCGCCAUGCCAAGCCCGUGAAGCACUGGGUCUCCUCUCCUUUGCACAUCACGGAUUUUCAGAAGUGGAAGCUUAUUGGUCUGCAGAGGUAA